AUGGAUCCACAUCGCGAGUCUCGCAAUGCGCUGUUCUACCAGAUCCCUUCUCGGGAAUUGGUCAGCGUCGAGCAUCCGGCUGUGAUCCGCAACAUUGACAGGGCAAUCGAAACGCUUCAGAGCAAUGUAGGGAUCCAAAAGAUUCUCAAUCCGGUCAAGCCCAACGCGUCGGCCAAUCUCAUAUUGCGGCCAGAAGAUGCGAUGGCCCGACCGAUUUUGUCGACCAGCUUGCCAUCCAAUAACGUGCUGCUUAAAGUCACGGUUCCUAAGCGCACUGGCCGGAAGCGCAGGAGAGGUUCUGGCCAGCCCUUCACAGACGCCGAACCCUCAAAUUCAUCAGUUCCGGACUCAACGGGAGAAAUCUCCACUCGGCGGACCGCAAAGGACCUCCUGCGCAGUCUGAUGGAUAAUCCCUCCAGCUAUACCAUUGAAGCUGUAGGCAAAGUAGAACGGACCCACGUCUUUCGAGGUUGGUUCUCAUCAUUCUCUACUCCGGAUGUGGAUAGGUUAUCCUUGAUUGUCAUGAUCUUCCCGAAGAUGAUUCAUAUGAUGUAUCUGACCCUAGACGUAUUCACAGGCAUGCCGGACUUUGUGUACUCGACGACGAAUAGCGCAUUCACCAACAAAUUCCGCGACCUUAUCCUUCCUUAUGACUUGGAAAAACUGAAGCAGUUCGACAUCGACAUGAGCAAGGGUGCUACCAAGGGCGCUGACCUUAUUCCACCGCCGGUUUUUAGCCAGACAGAAGUGCCUUUCCAGUACAUCUACCGGCAAAACCCAACCGUCCGAAAGUCGGUUGGUCAGUCUGGUGAAAUCACCACUGUCAAUACUCAACAGGCUCAGAAAGUUCACACGCAUCUGGUGGUAUACGAUGCACCCGAAGUCCCCUCCAGUCCGCAUCCAGACAUGCCUCCGCUGGAGACCCUCGAAAGCAACCUCCGUUCACUCAUAGAUCACCUCGCCAAGCUCUUCGAGCAGCGUCCCGCCUGGACCCGGCGCGCCCUGCGCAAUUACCUCACCUCCGAUGAACAGCGCAGCUUGCUCCGACAUGCCGUCCCCUAUGUUGGGUAUGUCUUCCGUUCGGGCCCCUGGCGCGAUGCCAUCCUCAAGCUGGGUCACGAUCCCCGCACCGAUCCCGCCUAUCGCGACUACCAGACCUUCAUGUUCCGCCUCAUCCCGCGUGAAAAUGACGCCGCGCGUGAGGGCACCGGUGGGGGCCGCCGCUACAAUCCGCCCCGUCUGGACGAAAACCCGGCCGUACCUUCCACCAGCGCCGGUGCCCCCGACACGCACCUCUUCCGUAGCGAGCUGCCAUUACCGCGUGACGGCCGCAUUUGGAUGGCUUGCGACAUUAAGGAUCCGUUGCUGGCAGGUAUCCUGUAUCCAGACCAGCCGGCGGAGGACUUUCUCCGCCCAACGUGUGAGGUCAUCACCGACGGAUGGUUUGGCAACGGGGUUAUGGGCAAAGUCAAGACCAUUAUGCGGGCCAAAAUCCAGAUGCUUAUCGAGAAUCGUCAGCCCCGGGACGCUGAUUUCCGUCAGAUCGUGGCGUUCCCAGACCAUGCGGUCACGGAGGCGGAUCUGGCGCAGUUCACUGUCGAUCUCGAAACGGCAUCGAGUCGGGAGAUCCAGCUGGCAACGGAGGUGCGGGCGUCAAUCAAGGGCGCCCCACUGUGGCGGCGAGUGCAUGAUUUACCCCAGACGGAGGGAGAUAAGUAUCGGGGGCGGGGCCCAGCGCGGUCCAGGAAAGGGAAGUCGGUGGUAUUUGAGGAACCGGAGCUGGACGAUGACGACGACGACGACGAGGAGGAGGAGGAAAGCGAGGGCGAGGAAGAGGAGAUGGAACGAACAGAGAUGUUGGAGGCACAGGUUGCCGCCGCCUUAGCAGCGAGGGCCGCGGCGGAUACGAAGGGAAAUGGAGAAGAGGGAGAGAAUGCCGAGGGGCACAAUGAGACGGAUGAUAAUUGA